AUGCUAGUGCCGCUAACGCGUGUCGUGCGGCGGAUUCCUGCGCGAGAUCUGCGGAGCACAUGUCUGCAGCAGGGACGUAUGUUUAGUGGCAGCUCAAGGAUCGCACGCAAGCGGACUGAGACUAGUACGAGCACCGCCACGUCGCUUGUGCCACCGCCGGCGCCCUUACAACUCCAACCCCCGACACCAGAGGAAGAAGCCCACAUGUUUGAAAACAGUGUGCAUAGCGUGUCAAAUUGGCUUGCAAGUCCGCGGUUUUCUCAGAUCCAUCGUCCGUAUACGGCGCGCGAUAUUGUGUCGAAACGAGGCAGCAUGCCGGUCCAGCCACCUGCCUCUUCACUUACAGCAGACAAACUGUACGCGCUGCUCGAACAGCAUGCGAACCAGAGAACGGCCAUCUCAACUAUGGGAGCGAUCGAUCCUGUGCAGCAAUCUCAAAUGGCUCGUUAUCAGGAAGUUGUUUAUGUAUCUGGUUGGGCAUGUUCGUCCGUGUUGACGACCUGUAAUAACGAAGUCGGUCCGGACCUAGCUGACUAUCCGUACACGACCGUGCCAAACCAAGUACAACGUCUUUUCAAAGCACAGCUGCAUCACGACCGUAAGCAUUGGGACGAACGAUGCCACAUGUCGGCCGACGAGCGAGCCAACACACCUUGGAUCGAUUACUUGCGACCGAUCAUAGCCGAUGCUGAUACGGGGCACGGUGGACUGAGCAGCGUAUUCCGCCUCGCAAGGCUGUUUGCCGAGCAGGGUGCUGCCGCUAUCCAUCUAGAGGACCAGCUGCAUGGUGGUAAAAAGUGUGGACACCAGGCGGGCAAGGUGCUUGUGUCGACAGGUGAGCAUGUGAAUCGCCUCAUCACGACGCGCUUCGCUUGGGACAUUCUGGGCUCGUCGAAUCUGCUUAUUGCACGCACCGAUUCAGAGUCAGCGAAACUUAUUUCAACGAACAUUGACGUGCGUGACCAUGAAUUUAUCAAGGGCGCAUACAAUUUGCCCGCUGGUACCAAGUCGCUCUCCGAGACUUUGGCUGAAAAGGAGGCAGAGGGUGUGCAUGGAGCUGAGCUUGACAAAGUGGAGCGUGACUGGAUGGAUGGCGUCACGCUUGUAACAUUCAACGAGGCCGUCGCGAACCACAAUGCAUCUAAUCCAUCGCGUUUAGAGGAGUAUGAUCGUCGUGUUGAUGGUGGUGUAUCUAUUGGCGAGGCGCGUCGCAUUGCGCAGGAGAUCUUCGGCGACGAAGGUGUGCCAGCCUGGGACUGGGACGCUCCGCGCACCAAGGAGGGGUACUUCCACUUCAAGGGUGGCAUAUCAGCAGCGAUCAAGCGCAUGAAGCAAUUUGCACCAUAUGCUGAGCUGCUUUGGCUCGAGACCAAGACGCCUGAUCUCGUUCAUGCUCAAGGCUUUGCUGCCAAGAUCCAUCAAGACUUUCCAGGAAAGUGGCUCGUGUACAAUUUGAGUCCUUCAUUUAACUGGAGCGCGCAUGGGUUUAGCGAUAACGAUCUGCGCAACUUUAUUUCUGAUCUUGCUCAUGCUGGCUUCGUGCUUCAGCUUAUCUCGCUCGCUGGAAUCCACUCGACGGCUGUGAGCACGUAUGAGCUCAGCCGAGCGUUUGAAAAGGACGGAAUGCUCGCGUAUGUCGAUUUGGUUCAGCGCAAGGAAAGAGAGCUAGGCUCUGAUAUGCUCACUCAUCAGCGUUGGAGUGGCGCACAAUACAUGGAUCGUGUCCUGCAGACUGUCAGCAGUGGGACUUGCAGCACCAGCAGUAUGGGCGAAGGCAGCACCGAGCACUCGUUUUAA